CCUCUCUCUGACUCCUCCUGCUCCGCCCGGGCGGGCUGGUCGGGACGGCAAACAGGCAGCAGUUACCGGGACGGGACGGUGACCUCUGGCCGGACAGGAGCGUCUUCUCCCGGGUCCGGAGCUGCAUGGUGACGCGCUGCGGGCUCCCGACAUGCUGGGCACGGUGAAGAUGGAAGGACACGAGGCUCCGGACUGGAGCGGCUACUACAGCGAGGAGGUGUACUCUCCCAUGGCGGGCGGCGGGAUGGGCUCAGGGCUCGGGAUGAGCUCCAUGUCAGGCUACAUGUCCAGCAGCGGGAACACCUCUGGCUCCUUCAACAUGUCGUACAGCAGCACGGGUCUGAGCCCUGGCGCCAUGGCCGGGAUGGGCGGCUCGGCGCAGGCGGCCAUGAGCGGCCUGGGCGGCGGCGUGGCAACCAUGGGUACAGCCCUCAGCCCGUCCAACAUGAGCUCGGUGUCGGCCCAGCAGGCCUCCAUGGGCCUGAACCCGUACGGCAGCAUGAGCCCCGCUGUCAGCCCCAUGGCCUACAGCCAGAGCGGCCUGAACCGCUCCCGGGACAACAAGGCCUUCCGGCGGAGCUAUCCGCACGCCAAGCCGCCGUACUCCUACAUCUCUCUCAUCACCAUGGCCAUCCAGCAGGCACCCAGCAAGAUGCUGACACUGAGCGAGAUCUACCAGUGGAUCAUGGACUUGUUCCCAUACUACAGACAGAACCAGCAGCGCUGGCAGAACUCCAUCCGCCACUCGCUCUCCUUCAACGACUGUUUCGUCAAGGUCUCUCGCUCCCCGGACAAGCCGGGGAAAGGCUCAUACUGGGCGCUGCACCCCGACUCGGGCAACAUGUUUGAGAACGGCUGCUACCUGCGCCGACAGAAGAGGUUCAAAUGUGAGAAGAAGCUGUCAGGGAAGGGCGAGGGCAGGAAGGAGCAGGGUGGAGGCUCUUCUCCUCCCGGGGAGUCUGGCGGCGUCAAGCCGGGACUGCUGGACUCGUCCUCCCUGCCCCCCACCUUGCCCCCGUCUGGCCAGGCGGCCAGCCCUCCCGGUCUCGACCUCCGGGGAGGCGGCGGCACCUCAGACCUCAAAGUUCCCGGCGCCCAGCUUCUCUCAUCGGGCUCCCAGCUUCUGUCCUCCCUCUCCCUGCCCCCCCACUCCAUGGCACACGAAUCCCAGCUGCACCUUAAAGGAGACCCCCACUACUCCUUUAACCACCCCUUCUCCAUCAAUAAUUUAAUGUCAUCCUCAGAGCAGCAGCACAAACUGGAUCUGAAGGCCUAUGAGGCCCUGCAGUACUCAUCCUAUGGCCCCGGGGGCCCAUCCAGCCUCGGGGGCCGGACCGUGGAGCCUCUGGAGGCCUCGUACUACCAGGGCGUGUACCCCAGACCACUGCUCAACACCUCGUAG